AUGCUCCAGUCUUGUACUGGGAGAGGACAACCAAUCCACACCGGCACAGUUGACUCUUGGAGCACGCGGACCUGCUCUUCCCAUUCAGACAGUUCCUGCUUCCUUUCUCCGCAGCGCACAUCUCUGCAUUCUUUACUCUGUUUCUUUCUGAACUGCGCCCGCAGCCGCUUGCCUCUUUGCGGCAGCUCAGAGGCUGCCGUCGACCAUGGCGAAAACAAGGUUGGAGUCGCUUCGCUAUACGUCUUUACGCGGUACUCUGAAUAUUACUGCAGGGGAUGGUGA